AUGGAGCCAGCAGCAGCAGCAGCAGCAACAGCAGCGGCGGAGCUGGUGCAGGGUACCUCCAGAGACUCCCUGGUGAGUGAGCUGAGGCUGAGAGGUGGGCUCCUCUCAGGGGAAACUGAGGCAGAGUUGGGGUGGGCAAGCAUCGGGGUGCGGCCAAGUUCACAGCCUUCCUCCGUGUGUCUCCCCCCCACCCAGUUCCGGCCCCAGACCUUGUUCCUGAGGGUCCUCCGGCACGGCGGCGCCUGCGAGGACAAGUUCACCUAUGGUCAGGUUUUAUUCUAUCUUGGAGAAUAUAUCAAGACAAAGGGGUUAUUUGAUAAAGAACAAGAGCAUGUUGUCUGUUGUUCCAAUGACCUUCUUGGAGAUGUGUUUGGAGCAUCCAGCUUCUCUAUGAGAGAGCACAGGAAAUUAUCUGCAAUGAUUUAUAGAAACUUAAUUGCAGUUGAUCCCUCAGAGUCUACUAGCCCUUCUGAGUCACAUGAAUCAGAAAGUGAACUCAAGAAGUCAGUGCAGGAACUAUGGGAAAAGCAGCCAUCCUCUGUGGACACUAGAUCAUCCACCACCUCUGGAAGAAGAUCCCCAAGUGAAACAGAAGAUAAUGUGGAAGAGUUGCCUUGUGGACAGCCAAGAAGCCAGCAGAAGUCAGAGAGCAGCCUUUCUUUGCCAUUGAGUGGUUGUGGUAUGCUCAGUGGCAUAUGGCCUGGAGAGCCUGGAGAAAGCAGUCGGAGGCGUCCAGGGUUCAUCACUUCAACUCUGGAGUCAGAACAAGAAGAGCAUCCGUGCCCCAGUGUGGGCUCUGGAUUCCCCUCUGCAAGAAGACCCUCAAGUGAAACAGAAUACAGUUUGAAUGAAUCACCUUAUGGAGAACUGAAAAAACGGAAGAAAUCGGACAGCAGCAUUUCCUUCUCCUUCAGUGGAUGUGGUAUAUUCAAUAGCGUAGGCCCUGGAGAAAGCAGUAGCUGUCAUACAAUGGUCUUCCCUUCAAAUAAGGUAAUUCCUAAGGAGGAGUCAGCGCAAGACCCGUGGGCCAAGCAUUUAUUCCCCAAUGCGGGUACCAGACCAUUUACCUCAUCUGAAGGGAGACCAAGUGAAACAGAAGGCAGUGUGGAGGAGAUACCUCGUGGACAGUCAGUUGAGAAAACGGAGAGCAGCCUGUCUCAGCCAGGUGGAGAGUACUCUGCACACAGCGACAGAAUCUCUGAACAGAGCAGUGGCUCUCCUGCAGUGGCCCUCUUUUCAAGUCAGGAGUCAGAACAAGAACCAUGGGAAGAGCAUCCAUCCCCCAGUGUGGGCACCGAACUCUCCUCCUCUUCAAGAAGACCCUCAAGUGAAACAGACGAGGAUGUGGACAAGUUGCCUUAUGAACAAUCGGGAAACCUUGAGAAAUCAGAGAGUGAGAGCAGCAUCUCUCAUUCGGUUGGCGAAUGCUCAGUACGCAGUGACGUAGCCUCUGUACAAAGCAGUGGCCAUCCCUCUGUGAUCACGACCCCUUCAAGUCCGGACAACUCAGCUGAUGCUAUUUCAGACCAGUUCAGUGUGGAGUAUGAAGUAGAGUCUAUGGAAUCUGAGGAUUACAGCCCCAAUGAAGAAGGGGAGGAGCUGGGCCCAGCCUUGGCCCUGCAGGGCUCUCAGAAGCUUGCUGUGCAGGAGAAGGGGACGCCUCCCCUGCUGCCACAACCCAGCACUGCCCAUGAUCCCACAGGUGGAAAACCAGUGCAGGGGAGCUAUUCUCAACCCCCCCAGGUCAGGGAGAGUAAUCCCCGAGCUGUCAGUGCAAUGUCCAACUAUUGGAGCGGCCUGGGAGAUUCUCACUCUUCUUCUUGGCGAGCCCCCUCAAGCAGUCUGAGCAUCACAGAGCCCUGUAUCAUCUGUCUGAGCCACCCCAAGAACGGCUGCAUAGUGCAUGGCAUCACAGGGCAUCUUGUGACCUGCUACACGUGUGCCAGGAGGCUACAGCGCCGAGACAAGCCCUGCCCGGUGUGUCGCCAGCCCAUCCAUCUGACGGUGCUUGUUUACCUGUCUUAG